GAACCCAUUGCCAUCAUCGGCACCGCGUGCCGGCUGCCGGGAAAGUCCAACGGGGACAUGGAUGUGGAAUCCACCACACAGCUGUGGGACUUCCUGCAACAACAGCAGGAGUCGUACAGUGACUUUCCCCCCUCGCGUCUGAAUCUGGAGAGCUGGGUCCAUCCCACCGAGAAUCGACCUGGGUCUUUUUACACGCGCGGGGGAGCCUUCCUGAAGAGGGACCCGCGCCUUUUCGAUCCCAGCUUCUUUGGAAUCCACCCCAAGGAAGCGACCAGCAUGGACCCGGCGCAGCGGAAAUUCCUCGAGGUCGUCUACGAGGCAGUGGAGUCGUCUGGCACGCCACUCGAGCGGCUGUCCGGGUCCAAGACCGGAUGCUUUGUCGGGAAUUUCAACUAUGACCAUCAGCUGAUGCAGUACCGCGACACCGAGUAUCCGGAGCCGUAUGCCAUUACCGGAGGCGGCAUUGCACUUCUGAGUAACCGGGUGAGUUACGUCUUCAAUCUGCAAGGCCCGUCACUCACUCUGGACGUGGCCUGCAGCUCCUCCAUGUAUGCGCUGCACCUGGCCUGCACCGCCAUUCAGACGGGCGAGUGUACCGCCGCCAUCGUGGGCGGCUCGAACCUGAUCUUGACGCCGGAAUGUCAAAUGUUCUCCGCAGCUCUGGGCGCGGUCUCACGCACCUCGCAGUGCCACACCUUUGAUGCCGCGGCGGAUGGGUAUGCUCGUGCGGACGGGCUCGGGGUUCUGUUCGUGAAGAGUCUGAAGCAGGCCAUUCGAGACCGAGACCCAAUCCGGGCCGUGAUUCGGGGAACCGCGAUCAAUGCCAAUGGACGGACGGGAGGCAUCACUCACCCGGACCCUGACGGGCAGGAAGCGGCGAUACGACGAGCAUACCAUCGAGCGGGCCUUGACCCCUCCCAGACUUCGUACCUGGAAUGCCACGGGACAGGAACCCCUGUCGGGGAUCCCUUGGAGGUCGAGGCCGUGGGCCGCGUAUUUGAGACCAGCAAGACUGCCGCACGACCGUUACUUAUUGGCUCUAUCAAAUCUAACAUGGGUCACCCCGAAUCCGCUAGCGGAGUGGCGGGAAUCUUGAAGGUUGUCGCUGCCUUCGAGCACGAUAUGAUCCCCCCCAUAAGGCGUCUCAAGCAAUUGAACCCUAACAUCAAUCUCCGACAUGGCCGAUUGCAGAUUGUCGAAAAGAGCACCUCGUGGCCCGCUCUCCUGCGUAGGGCCAGCGUCAAUUCCUUUGGCUAUGGUGGUGCCAACGGCCAUGCCAUCAUCGAAGCCGCCGACAAUCUAGCUCCCGGAUGUGCUGGAAUCAGGGCGGGUACGACGGAGUCUGUGGAGAUCAUAGACGAGCAGUCAGACCGGAUCCAAUGGUCCCAGCGAAAGCAUUUCCUGCUUCCCAUAUCCGCGCACAAUGAAAGAACCCUACAGGCGAACUUCCACGCCCUCUCCGAGCAGGCGCAUCGAUGGAAGAUCCUGGAUCUCGCCUACACCCUGAGAUGUCGUCGGACCAACCAUACCACGCGCGCAGUUGCCCUGGGAGAGGAGGGGCAGAUAGGAGCACUCCUCUAUCCUCCCCGUAAGACACUCGGCUCCCAGACCCUCCGCCUGGCGAUGGUCUUCACAGGCCAAGGCGCGCAGUGGCCGCAAAUGGGCCUGCAACUGAUGGAGAGCUUCCCCACCUAUCUGAAGUCGAUUCGAGACAUGGACGAUGUCCUCCACAGCAUUCGACAGGAUGCCCCGUCGUGGAGCAUCGAAGCGGCGCUGCGAGCUCCUGCAGAGACAAGCCUUGUGUAUCGGGCCGAGCUGUCGCAGCCUCUAGUGACCGCAGUGCAAGUCGCCCUGGUCGACCUCCUCAACUCGUGGAAUAUCCGGCCCGUCGCCACGGUGGGCCAUUCCUCUGGCGAGAUUGCUGCCGCGUACGCAGCCGGCCGCAUCUCGGCCGCGCAGGCGAUUCUGGCGGCCUAUGUGCGCGGGUGGGCUGUGGCGCAGAACCCAGAGGAUGGAGCCAUGCUGGCCGUGGGAGCAAGCGCUGACGAUCUCGUCCCUGUGAUCGACUCCCUGCCGAGUCUCUGCAUCGCAUGCCACAAUUCCCCAGAGAGUGUUACCGUCAGUGGCAACCGCAACCAGAUCGAACGCCUCAAGCUCCGCCUGGAGCAGGAAAGCGUCUUCGCUCGCAUACUCCCCACUGGCGGCAACGCCUACCACUCCAGCCAUAUGCAGGCUCUAGGAAACCUGUAUGAGGAGCGUCUCGUGGCGUUGCUCGCGGGGAGCAAAUCUCUCCUGCUGAGCGCGCCAACUCAGGCUGAAUGUCCUUUCUUUUCCUCGGUGACUGGCACCGAAUAUGCGGCUGGCCAGGGGAUCUCGGCGCAGUACUGGCGACGGAACCUGGAGUCGCCUGUGCUGUUCCACCAGGCUGUCGCCACGAUGGUCCAGCACGGUGAGGUCGAUGCGUUGGUGGAAGUCGGGCCGCAUGCAGCUCUGCAGGGACCCCUACGACAGAUCGGCAAAUCGUUCGCUGACACGUCCUUUCCGGACUAUAUCCCUACGAUGAUCCGGAAGCAAGACGCGGCAGCCAAUGUCCUGCAAAUGGCGGGACUGUUGUUCACCCGCGGGCAUCCGGUGGAUCUGGCUCGACUCAAUAGCAUGGAGGGUCUGGAUUGCUUGACCAAUUCGGUGACCCCGGGUCUCACCGGGAGGGUCAUUGUUGAUCUCCCCAGAUACCAGUGGCAGUACGGGGAUCUGCUGUACCGGGAGAAUCGGUGGACACGCGAAUGGCGUCUCCGCACACACCCUCGCCAUGAUCUCCUGGGCUCGAGGACGCCAGGUGGAAAUCGGAAUGAGCCUACAUGGCGGAAUGUCCUCAAACACAAGGAUCUGCCCUGGCUGCAGGACCACAAGGUCGAAAACGAUAUCGUGUUCCCAACAACAGGAUAUAUCGGAAUGACCAUCGAGGCUCUGAUGCAGAUGGGAGAGUUGAGAAAACUCGAUCAGAUGGUUGCCUGCUAUGAAAUCCAUGAGUUUCAGAUUGAGACCGCGCUGGUGCUUCCAGCAGAAGCCGAUGUUGGCGUCGAGUUACUCUUCAACCUGAGGCCCAUCAGUUCUCAUCUCGCCGGCGAGGAUGACGGCCUCACUUAUUCCUUCACAAUCACAUCAGUGUUACCAUCCGAGAAAGAAGAUGUCUUCACACGGCAUGUUCAUGGCCAAGCAACUAUUGUCCUCGACAAGACUGCCGCCCAUGAUGGCCGUGCGGUGUCCUCUCCAGACGUGAGCUCCGCGUUGCAUAAAGAUCUCAACGUUCUGAGAUGGUACGAUGCCUUCGAGCGCGUCGGGCUUAAUUACGGAUCAACUUUUCGAGGUCUUUCGAAUCUGAGACUCUCACACGACCCUCAGUCUGUUACCGGUCAAUUCAAGAUGCAUCCCACCACCGCUGGGAACCCACACGAAUCUCGGUACCUGAUUCAUCCAGCCGCAUUGGACUCCAGUCUGCAGCUUGCAAUCGUAGCUGGCCAUCACGGCCGGGCAUCUGCCUGCACUAGUGCUUUCCUUCCAGUCUCUAUUGGCAAGCUUCUCUUCUGGCCGCAAGAUGGCACGGCGGCUGCCGACUCCAUUGCCGCGGCCUCUGCCCGCGUGCACCCUGGCGGAUUCAGCGCCGUCGUCACUAUCUCUUCCGGGGAUGGCACAUCGGUGGUUGGCUCAGAUAUACGCUUCAAAGAGUCGGAGGGAACGGGGCGCUCUGCUCCUGAUAUUGGCGAUGACCCCUACACCCAGCUAGUCUGGAAGCCCGACGUGAAACUCCUCACCAGCUCUGCUGCGAACUCGCUCUUCCCAUCCCAGCCGCGUCAGACCCACUCGAACACUCUACCACUCCUGGACCAGCUGGCGUUGCAUCAGAUCAUCCAAUUCCGCACGCAAUAUCCCGGGGUGACUGAGCCCAGCUCUGCCGAGCCUCAUUUGCGACGAUUCCUGUCCUGGAUGGACGAAAAGGUGGCAUGGGCUGCGCAGGGCCAUUUCCCGGGGAGCGCAGUGAUACUGAACUACUCGCUCUCGGAGCGAGAAAGAGAGAUUCGACGUCUCGAAGCUCAGCUGCUGGCGAGUAACGGUCCCGAAACCCGCCUUAUGUGCCGCAUGUACGAAUCCCUGCCAGCGAUCUACCGGGGGGAGAUCACAGGGAUCCACGCCGCCGUGCAGGAUGACCUCCUGAACCAAAUGUACGCACACAUGGAGCUAUACCACCAGGGCAGCGUCGCGUUGAAGGAUCUGGUGGUGCUGCUGUCCCACAAAAACCCGCGCUCCAAGAUCCUGGAAGUCGGGGGAGGCACAGGCAGUGCCACGCGCGAGGUGCUGCCGGCGCUGAACGGCCACACCGAUGCGUACCGGGGGUACGACACCUACACCUUCACCGAUAUCGGCCCCGCCUUUUUGGCCGCCGCCCAGGAGCAAUUCCAGGCCUAUCGAGGGGUGCGAUAUACCCCGUAUGACAUGCAGAAGCCCGUGACCCAACAGACCAGCGUCGACGCAGACUAUGACCUGGUGAUCGCCUCCAACGUGAUCCAUGCCACAACCCAUAUCCAAAACACGCUGUGCAACAUCCGGGGCCUGCUGCGGCCCGGGGGCAAGCUGGUUCUCUUCGAGUUCGUGCGCCCCCAGCUAUCGUGGAACAUGAUCCUAGGCACGUUCUCCGAUUUCUGGAAUGGGGAUCACGACCCCGUGUUUCCCCGGCUGGAAGGCCCAUUCCUGACCCGAGCGAUGUGGGAGGCGGUGCUCCCGCGCGCUGGCUUCUCCGGGAUCGAUCUCAUGCUCGAUCACUUCACGCAGCAAGGGGAGGCCGCCGUGAUUCUGGCAACGGCAGUGGAGCGCACGGAGGUGGCUCCCCCGAUGCCGUCUCCCAAGCGCAUCUCGCUCGUGUACCGAGACCAGCCGUCGGCGGUGGUCCAGGGGGUGUAUCAACAUUUGCACUGCGAGAAGCACCAGGUGGACAUGCUCGCACUGGGGCCUGAUGCCCAGCCCGACAGCGACAGGCUGGUCUUCCUGAUCGACGUCGACCGGCCGUUCUUCCCAUCCGCCACCAAAGACGAAUGGGAUGCCUUUCGGCGGUUGGUGGGGACCGCGUAUUCCGCCCUCUACGUGACGCGGGGCGGCUUGCUGGACCAUCAGCAGCCCGAGUACGCCAUGAUCAGCGGCAUUGUCUGCGCGAUCCACGCCGAGACGCAGGCGUCGCGCUUGGUCACGCUCGACUUGGAUUGCGACGGGGAUGCUGAUGUCCUCUCGGAGCAGGAUCUGGAUCUGCUGGUCCGGGUCGAAGAAAAGGCAUUCGGGUUUCAGCCGGGGGAUGAUUUCGAGUUUCGUGCGAGACAGGGGACCGUCCAUGUCAGUCGACUGGCCCCAGACGAUGCCCUCAACUCCCAGUACCACACGAGUAAAGCAGUCCCGUUCGAGCUCCGUCAUGUUCCUGCCCAUUGCCCAGGACAGAUCCUGGCCUGGAGCUCGCAAGGAGGGUUCCGAAGCCGCAACCUCGGCCCGCUGGGCGAUGAUGAAGUGGAAAUAUCCAUCCGUGCGAUUGAGCACAGCGACCCCCCCGGCUUCGUCAUCGGCUGCGCGGGGAUCGUGACGAGCACCGCGGCGGCAGCGACAGGAUUCCAGCCUGGGGAUCGGGUGUCAGCCCUGCUCGUCGGGGACCAUCAGUUGCAGACCACAGUCCGAGCUCACGCCUCGCUCUGCCACCGUUUGAGCAGCCAGCUUGCAUGGGCACAAGGGGCGAUGCUCGCGGCCUCGGUCACUGCAUUAUAUGCCCUCCACGAUCUCGGCCGGCUCUGCAGUGGUGAAACCGUCUUGGUUGGACAUGUCUCGACCAGCCAUAUGGCUGCGGCCUUCCAUAUUGCGCAGCAACUGGGCGCCCGGGCUUAUAUUGGGGUCACCUCGGACGAUGCCUUCAACGAGCUGGUACACGAGUGGAAGAUUCCAGCGGAUCGGCUGGUGCGUCUUACAGAUGCCAGCCGCGCGGCUGACAUCGUUGAGAAGACAGGGGGGUUGCUCGAUAUCAUCUACACCGACUCUUUCCAGCCCAUAUAUUCUGCCGCACUCGUGCCCCUGGGCAGAUUCAUCUAUCAGGGUGCAGACGGAUUCGAUGGCCGGGUGUUCAAGCAUGGAGUCAGCGUAUCACCAAUCGAUCUCCGAACCCUCCACAGCCUGCGGCCCGAGUACCUCUCAGGGCUGGUGGCACGAUUGCACAACAUGCACUCCAGCCGACCCGUCCAGCCUUUGUCUGUCUCUUCCAUGUCUAUGACCGGAUUCAUUGAAAAGCUGCGUGAGGACCCCACCACCACCACAUCGACCACCGUUACCCUCGAUCCGACGUCGGAUCUUAUCCCGUGCCAGCGUGCCUCACCCGGAGCCACCACCAUCCGUAGCGACGCAUCCUACCUCUUAGUCGGUUGCCUGGGCGGCCUGGGUCGCAGCUUCGUACAAUGGCUGGUCGCGCAGGGGGCACAGUCACUCGUCUUCCUCUCGCGCGGGGGCGUGCAAGGCGCGGAAGCCAGCGCGCUGAUCGACACGCUCACGCGCCAGGCAGUGGACGUGCAAAUCGUCCAAGGCGACGUCUGCAACCUGGCAGACGUGCAGCGCGCGGUCCAAGCGUGCCGGUACCCCCUCCAAGGCGUCAUCCAGGCAGCCCUUACCCUCCACGAUGCCUUCUUCUCCGAACUGACGUGGGACGACUUCCAAGCGACCGUGCAGCCGCGUGUUCAAGGAACGCAGAACCUGCACCUGGCGACCAAGGGGCUGGAUCUCCAAUUCUUCGUCGCGUGGAGCUCGUGGACGACCCUGUUCGGCUCCGCCUCGCAGAGCAACUACAUGGCGGCGAAUGCCUUCCUCGACGCCUUCGCAGGCUACCGCCGCCGUCAGGGCCUGCCAGGGACCUCGUUAUCGCUCGGCCAGAUUCUCGACGUGGGGAUCGUCAGCUACCACCCGCAGUUCCAGGAACAUCUGAUGCGGAUGGGUCUGUACGGGAACACGGAAGCCGAGUUCCUCGACUACUGUGCCCAGGCCUUAGCAUUGUCCGGCACCAGCACGAGCAACCCCGCGCACCUCCUCGCAGGCGUGCAGCCGCUCGCCCUGUUGGCCCACAGCCAGCGGUACCCUGUCGACCAGAUGCCGUGGUAUCACGACCCGCGCUUCGCGCGGCUUGCGCAGAGCACCGAGCAUCUGCGCGCCGCCACAACAACACCCAACCCGGGUCUCGAGGUCGGGAUGAUGGAGGACGAGAACCUGCCGCCGGUGGCGCGGAUCCAUCGGCAGCUGGCCCGGCUGUUGUAUGUCGAUGUGCAGGAUAUGGAUGUGCAGCGGCCGAUCAAGUCGUAUGGGAUUGAUAGUAUGGUGGCGGCGGAGCUGCGCAAUUGGAUCUUCCGGGUGUUUCAUGUGGAUGUGAGUCUGUUGCGGUUGCUGAAUCCGACGAUGACGAUGCAGGGGCUU